AUGAUAUUAGUUUGUUUCACUAUUUCGAUACUCUUACAAUUUGUUCAAAGUCAGACAUCAUUUAAUUGUCCAAUCAAACCUGGACAAAUUAAUACAACAUUAAGACUAAACAAUUUACGUAACUUAUUUACAACAAAUAAGAAUAUCAAUGCCUAUGUUGUUUUCUCCGAAGAUGAACAUCAAAGUGAAUACGUUCAACCAUACGAUGAAAGGCGACCAUAUAUGACCGGCUUUCUUGGCUCUGCUGGAACUGCUAUUAUCACUCGAAAUGAAGCAGCACUGUGGACCGAUAGUAGGUAUUUUAUACAAGCUGAAGAUGAACUUGAUUGCGCUAAUUGGCAGUUAAUGAAACAGGGCCAACCGGGGGUACCGUUGCCUCGGGACUGGUUGAAAACGGUUUUAGACGAAAAUACACUAGUAGGCGUAGCAAGUCAGUUUGCUUCAUCGACAUGGUGGUCAACAACAUCGACUACGUUAAAAGAAAAAAAUAUUACACUAAUAGAAGUUAAUGAAUUAGUUGAUCAAGUUUGGACUACAAAUCGUCCACCAAAACUCACGAAUGAUGUAACUAUUCAUGCUCUUCAAUAUGCUGGAGAAGAAUGGUUUAAUAAAGUACAAAAGAUAGCAGAGAUGGUUGACCAAGCAAACGCACAUAUGUAUGUUGUCACGGCGUUGGAUGAAAUUGCAUGGCUAUUGAAUCUACGCGGAAGCGAUAUUCCUUAUAAUCCGUUUUUCAAGGCUUAUGCAGUUGUAUUUGCUAAUAAAACAACUGCUUUAUUUAUGAAUGAAACUCAAUUAACAUCCGAAGCAAAGCAGCAAAUAAAUAAUAACAAUGCUAUUUAUACAUAUGACACAUUUCUCUUAACUUAUUUGAAAUCGGUAGCUGAUAAUCCAGCCACUAAAACUGUUUGGAUUUCUCCCAUUGCCUCUCAAGCUAUAUUCAGUCGAAUACCACAAGACAAACUCUAUGUAAAAUCAUCGCCUGUUGAAUCCACAAAGGCGGUGAAAAAUUCAGUUGAAGAACAAGGCUUUCGAGAUUGUUCGAUACGAGAUAGUGUUGCACGCAUUCGGCAUUUAGCUUGGUUAGACGAAGAAAUUGGAAACAAUGCGAUCAUUAAUGAAACCGAAUCUGCAUCAAAAUUAGAAGACUAUCAAAAAGAAGAAGAUCUAUUUCAAAUGCUCAGUUUUGACACAAUAUCGGCAUUUGGCGCGAAUGGAGCCAUUGUUCAUUAUAGUCCAAAAAAGGAAACAGCAGCCCGUAUUACAACAGAAGGAUUAUAUCUACUUGAUGCUGGUGCUCAAUAUCUCGAUUGUACGACCGAUAUCACACGAACACAUACAUUUGGAACACCAACAGAUGAACAAAAGUUAGCAUAUACAUUGGUGCUACAAGGGUCAACGGAUUUAGCUGAUGCUGUAUUUCCAACUGGCACCUAUGGAAGAAAUAUUGAUAUUCUUGCAAGACGAUCUUUAUAUAAAAACUUUAUGGACUACGGUCAUGGUACAGGUCAUGGCAUCGGACAUUUUUUAUCAGUUCAUGAAGGACCGGCCGGUAUUUCAAUGGGUUACAGUGCUCGAGAUGUCCCUCUAACAGAUGGCAUGGUAUUCUCAGACGAGCCCGGCUUUUAUUUACCCGAGAAAUUUGGUAUUCGCCUGGAAACAGACGUUAUUGUUAAAAGUAUAAAUACAACUUAUAGUUUUGGAGAUACGAAGUUUUUCCAUUUUGAUAUUUUGACAUUGGUACCGUUCGAGUCGAAGCUUAUUAUAUGCGAAAUGUUAACGGAACCUCAACGAAAAUGGAUAAACGAGUAUCAUGCACAGAUAGAAUCAACAUUAGCACCAAUACUAAAGAGCAAAGAUGAAAGGGCAUUAACAUAUUUAUUGGAGAAGACGAGGCCAAUAAAUUGUUGAAAGAUUUUUUUGUUCUUAUAAAUACGAUAAAUCUUUACAUACAAAACUGCUAUGUAGAAAAAAAUCUAUUAAGAUUUGAAUGACAAUUCUGAUAAGGCUUCGCUUUACAUUUCUAUUAAUAAAAGACUGUAAAAAGGAUGUCAAAUUAUCCAUAAAUUUCUCUGCUAAUUUAACGAAAUCUUUUUCCUCAUUCAUAUUUACGAAUUUUGGAGUUGACGUUCACAUUGUUCGAUUCAUAACUACCUGGAAAUAUGAUCAUUUUAUAAUUUAUAGUAUCGAUUGUUACUUUGUUUGUACAAACGCUUUAAAUAUAGAAAAAAUAUUCGCCUAGGUGCGUGAAAAUGUUCUGUGGACACAACGAAACGGUAACAGCAGUAUUUAUUGAAUGAUUAUGGCUAAAAGAAUGUCAUUUUCCGGAGGUUUGGCAGUUAGCAAAAAUUGUUACGCUUAAUAAAUUAAAAGCAGGCACGCCUUCUUGCGAUCAGACGCGUCCAAUCUCGUUGUUGGCUACUCAUUCCAAACUGUAUGAGA